AUGGCUUCAAAUGGGAGCAGCCAACAGGCUUUUGCGCCGGUACUGGCGGCCAUGGCAACUAUGCGUGAUGGACAGAGGGAGCAAAAAAAGGCGGCGCAUGUCUUUCUAGAGAGCUUCCAGAAAUCUAGCGAAGCAUGGCAGAUCACGAUAGGGCUUUUGCAAUCAGAUGCCGAUGCAGAGGCCAAAUUGUUCGCGGCAACUACACUAAAGGGAAAGAUUACCUACGAUGUUAAUCAGAUACCCCACGAUGCCCUUCCGGCCUUACGAAAUCAGAUAUUAGAGCUGCUGAAACUAUAUGCGUCUGGUCUACGUCCCAUUCGAGUACAACUAUGCGUCUGUUUGGCAAGCUUGGCUAUACAAAUGACGGAGUGGAAAGAUGUCGUUCAACUAGUGGUAUCAACAUUAGGCGACUCGAAGGAAAGCCAUACCUGUAUUCUCGACUUCUUGAAGGUCCUACCCGAAGAGGUUACCGAGGGACGAAAAAUCAAUCUGACAGAAGAUGAGCUGCAGUCUAGGACGCAGGAAUUAUUAGGGGACAACGCCCGGCUGGUGGUCCAACUUUUGAUAAAUUAUACGCAAGCGUCAGGAUCCACUUCUACGAAUCCUCAGCUACUCGAAGUCAUUACUUCUUGGUUACGAGAAGUUCCAGUUGCUGAUAUAGUGAAUUCGUCUUUAUUAAACACCAUAUUCGGUGCCCUGGAUUCGGAACCCUCGUUUGAAGCGGCGGCAGAUUGUCUCUGUCAGAUAUUCAGAGAAACACGUGAAGUUGAUGAGUACAUGCCGACAAUUGGCAUUCUCUUACCUCGCGUUAUUGCUCUUCGACCUCGAAUCCGCCAAGUUGCACAGCAAGCAGAUGUUGAUGCGGAUAUUUACAAAGGAUUGACUCGAAUCUUUGCCGAAGCCGGGGAAGCAUGGGUAGUUCUAAUCGCUAGAGAACCAUCAGCAUUCAGACCCCUGGUAGAAGCCGUGCUAGAGUGUGCAGCUUUAGACAAGGAAAAAGAUGCCAUAGCCUUGACAUUCAUAUUCUGGUAUGAAUUGAAACUUUAUCUCAUUCUGGAGAAAUAUAUCCAGGCCAGAAUGGAAUACGUCGAUGUUUAUUCGAAUUUGGUUGACAUUAUGCUAAAGCAACUCGAAUAUCCAGCAGAGAACCCUGGCGAGGACGACCUGUUUGAUGGUGACAGAGAAGUGGAGGAGAAGUUCCGCGAAUUCAGACAUCAUAUGGGUGAUGUUCUCAAAGACUGCUGCGAGAUUAUGGGUGUGACCCAAUGUCUUACCAAGGUAUUAGAAAAAAUGAAGACAUGGAUGUCAGCCAACGCAAGUCAAGCAACUGCAAAUUCAGUGCCGCAUUGGCAACAGCUCGAGGCACCUUUGUUCAGUAUGCGGGCAAUGGGCAGAAUGGUCGACAAGGAAGAGGACAUUAUUCUGCCGCAGAUCAUGCCAAUGAUUGUGCAAAUUCCACAUCAUGAAAAGCUACGUUUUGCGACGAUCAUGGUCUUGGGCCGGUACACCGAAUGGACGUCCAAUCAUCCAGAAUUUCUCGAGGCACAAUUCACAUAUAUUGUAUCGUCGUUUGCAACGGAUUCGAAAGACAUUGUGCGAGCUGCCGCUAUGUCCAUGAAGUUCUUCUGUACCGAUUGCAAGCAUCUGCUCAGCGGUCAAGUACUUCAGCUUCAACAAUUCUAUAAUCAGACUUUGGACCAGUUACCAGGUAUCAGUCAGGAGGAACUGACUGAAGGUGUAGCAAGUGUUGUUGCAGUUCAACCACCCGCGCAGAUAUUUGACCUCAUGAAACUUUAUUGCGACCCAUUGAUGGAACGAUUAAUGGCCAAAGCGAAUGCGGCUUCAGACGAUGCGGGAAAGCUUGCAAUUGCUGAUCAUCUUCAAUUAAUAACCCUCUUUGUUCAACUGGUAGUUCCAUAUGUGGAACCGGGCCAGGAAAACCCGGCUGUAAAAUACUGCCAGGAAAUUUUCCCAAUUUUGGCUACUAUAUUGGACUCUUUUACAGAUUUCACCCCAAUUUGCGAGAGGGUAUGUAGGUGCUGGAGAUACAUGAUUAUUUCCUACAGAACGGCCAUGGCGCCAAUCCUCCCACAAAUGGCCAAUAAGCUCGCCACCGGAUUUCAAGUGUCGAAGCAGGGAUGCUUCCUUUGGGUAACCAGUGCUAUUCUGAGAGAGUUUUCUGAGGAUCGAGAACAUGUAGACGAAAACACUACCGAAGCCAUAUAUGCUUUCUUCGAGGCUCAGUCAACGAAUAUGCUUCAUAUCAUGAGCGACGUAGCACCAAGAGACUUGCCAGAUGUCAUCGAGGACUUUUACCGCCUGAUGCUAGACGCGCUCCUCUAUUAUCCACACAAACUCAUCCCUUCACCACUUUUCGCACCUAUCUUCCAAGCUGGUGUGUCAGUAUUGGUUCUUGAGCAGCGAGAGCCAGUGUUAGCUACCCUUCACUACUUACGCGACGUUAUUGGAUAUGGUGGAGACAACCCACCACGAACGGGAGAUGGCCCUAACCCACCUGCGAUCAAACAGGCUGUUCAGGAGCUGAUUCUUGCAAACGGGGAACUUCUUGUUAAGCAGAUCAUGGCUGGCAUGAUGAUAACCUUCCCAGAUGACUGCUUCACCGAUGGUAGCGGCGCCCUUCUUGGACUCUUUGAGAUAUUGCCACAACAAACAGCAGCUUGGGUCGACAAGACGGUUCGCCUGCUUCCACAAGGAACAAUCAAGGAGCCAGAGAUUGACAAGCUCAUGAACGGAAUUCGAGACCGACUAUCACAAGGUCAAGACGGUGUAAGAAAAGUACGCAGCCUUCUCCAAGAUUUCACCAACGUCUAUCGAAGACGGUAUGUGGCGCCUAGAGACGGUCUCGGUCGUUUAGAACCUGAAAGAUUCCAUUUCAAUGCUUGA